AUGAUUUAUUACCUGGAUAGCAAAGCUAAGUUUGUUAGAGCCAACUCCUUACUGAAGCAUGAAGUGCAGGUGACACUACUGUAUGCCAGGGUUUGGAUCCCUGAUCCAGAGGAGGUCUGGAAGUCAGCAGAACUACUCAAAGAUUAUAAACCUGGAGAUAAAGUCCUCCAACUUCGACUUGAAGAGGGCAAGGACCUAGAGUAUUGCCUGGAUGCAAAGACCAAGGAGCUGCCUCCCUUGCGCAACCCUGACAUCCUUGUGGGUGAAAAUGACCUCACAGCUCUCAGUUACCUCCACGAACCUGCUGUUCUACACAACCUCAAAGUUCGAUUCAUAGACUCGAAACUAAUCUAUACCUAUUGUGGUAUUGUCUUAGUGGCCAUAAACCCUUAUGAACAGCUGCCCAUCUAUGGCGAAGACAUCAUCAACGCCUACAGUGGCCAGAACAUGGGGGAUAUGGAUCCACAUAUCUUUGCAGUGGCUGAGGAAGCAUAUAAGCAGAUGGCUAGAGAUGAACGAAAUCAGUCCAUCAUUGUCAGUGGGGAAUCAGGAGCUGGAAAGACCGUGUCAGCUAAGUAUGCCAUGAGGUACUUUGCCACAGUUAGUGGAUCUGCCAGUGAAGCCAAUGUUGAGGAGAAAGUCUUGGCCUCCAACCCCAUCAUGGAGUCUAUUGGAAAUGCCAAAACUACAAGGAAUGACAACAGCAGUCGCUUCGGAAAAUACAUUGAAAUUGGUUUUGAUAAGAGGUAUCGAAUCAUUGGUGCAAACAUGAGAACUUACCUCUUGGAAAAAUCAAGAGUGGUGUUUCAGGCAGAAGAGGAGAGAAAUUACCACAUCUUUUACCAACUUUGUGCCUCUGCAGCAUUACCUGAGUUUAAAACUCUACGGUUAGGGGAUGCAAAUUACUUUCACUACACGAAGCAAGGUGGAAGCCCUGUGAUUGAUGGUGUUGAUGAUGCCAAGGAAAUGGUAAACACCAGGCAGGCCUGCACUUUGCUAGGGAUUAGUGACUCCUACCAGAUGGGAAUUUUUCGGAUCCUUGCUGGCAUCCUUCACUUGGGCAACGUGGAGUUUGCGUCUCGGGAUUCUGACAGCUGCGUCAUUCCUCCCAAGCAUGAACCCCUCACCAUCUUCUGCGACCUUAUGGGUGUGGAGUAUGAGGAGAUGGCCCACUGGCUGUGCCACAGGAAGCUUGCAACUGCCACCGAAACCUACAUCAAGCCAAUUUCUAAACUUCAUGCCAUCAAUGCCAGAGAUGCACUUGCCAAACAUAUCUAUGCUAAUCUCUUUAACUGGAUUGUAGAUCAUGUGAACAAAGCCCUUCACGCCACGGUGAAACAGCAUUCCUUCAUUGGAGUGCUGGACAUUUAUGGAUUUGAGACAUUUGAAAUCAACAGCUUUGAACAGUUCUGUAUCAACUAUGCCAAUGAAAAGCUGCAGCAGCAGUUCAAUAUGCAUGUCUUUAAGCUGGAACAAGAAGAAUAUAUGAAGGAACAAAUACCAUGGACUUUGAUUGACUUCUACGACAAUCAGCCUUGCAUCAACCUCAUAGAGGCCAAAAUGGGAGUUCUGGAUCUGUUGGAUGAGGAGUGCAAGAUGCCAAAAGGCUCAGAUGACACUUGGGCCCAAAAGCUGUACAAUACUCAUUUGAAUAAAUGUGCCCUCUUUGAAAAACCACGUCUAUCAAACAAGGCUUUUAUCAUCAAGCACUUUGCUGACAAGGUAGAAUACCAAUGUGAAGGUUUUUUGGAAAAGAAUAAAGACACAGUUUAUGAAGAACAAAUUAAGGUCCUGAAAUCAAGUAAGAAGUUUAAGCUGCUACCAGAGUUAUUCCAGGAUGAGGAGAAGGUCCUCAGUCCCACAUCAGCAACCCCUUCAGGACGUGUGCCUUUGUCCCGAAUGGCUGUAAAGCCAGCCAAGGCCAGGCCAGGGCAAGCCAGCAAGGAGCAUAAGAAAACUGUGGGACAUCAGUUCCGAAACUCCCUCCACCUGCUGAUGGAAACCCUGAACGCCACCACCCCACACUACGUGCGCUGCAUUAAGCCCAACGACUUCAAGUUCCCCUUCACAUUCGAUGAGAAGCGGGCAGUGCAGCAGCUGAGAGCUUGUGGUGUCUUGGAGACCAUCCGAAUCAGUGCAGCUGGCUUCCCCUCCAGGUGGACAUACCAGGAGUUCUUCAGCCGUUACCGUGUUCUGAUGAAGCAGAAAGAUGUCCUUAGUGACCGAAAGCAGACGUGUAAAAAUGUCCUGGAGAAGCUGAUUCUGGACAAGGAUAAGUACCAGUUUGGUAAGACAAAAAUAUUUUUCCGGGCUGGUCAAGUAGCCUAUCUGGAAAAAAUAAGGGCAGAUAAGUUGCGAGCUGCCUGCAUCCGCAUCCAGAAGACGAUCCGGGGGUGGCUGGCGCGGCAGAAGUUCGUGCGCAUGAGGAGAGCGGCCGUCACCAUCCAGAGACAUGUCAGGGGGCACCAGGCACGAUGCUAUGCCAAGUUCCUGCGGAGAACACGGGCUGCCAUCACAAUUCAGAAGUUCCAGCGCAUGUAUGUGGUCCGCAAGAGGUACCAGUGCAUGCGAGCUGCAACUGUGGCUCUUCAGGCUCUCUUAAGAGGUUACAUGGCCAGGAACAAGUACCAAAUGAUGCUUCGGGAGCACAAGUCUAUCGUUAUCCAGAAGCAUGUGAGGGGCUGGCUUGCUCGGCUGCACUACCACAGGGUCUUGAAGGCCAUUGUUUACUUGCAAUGCUGCUACCGGCGCAUGAUGGCCAAGAGGGAGCUGAAGAAGCUGAAGAUAGAGGCCCGUUCUGUAGAACGCUACAAGAAGCUUCACAUUGGCUUGGAGAACAAGAUCAUGCAGCUGCAGCGAAAAAUUGAUGAGCAGAACAAAGAGUACAAAUCUCUGCUGGAGAAGCUGAGCAACCUGGAGAUCACAUACACUACGGAGACAGAGAAGCUGCGGAGCGACGUGGAAAGGCUUCGGAUGAGUGAGGAGGAGGCGAAGAACGCGACCAACCGUGUCCUCAGCCUUCAGGAGGAGAUUGCCAAGCUCCAGAAGGAGCUGCAGCAAACUCAGUCUGAGAAGAAGACCAUUGAGGAACGGGCAGACAAAUACAAACAUGAAACUGAGCAGCUGGUGUCAGAGCUGAAGGAGCAGAACACAUCCCUGAAAGCAGAGAAGGAGGAGCUGAACCGCCGCAUCCACGACCAGGAGAGGGAAAUAACAGAGACAAUGGAGAAGAAGUUCCUGGAGGAAACAAAACAACUGGAGCUAGAUCUGAAUGAUGAACGGUUACGAUACCAGAACCUGCUGAAUGAGUUCAGCCGUUUGGAGGAGCGCUAUGAUGACCUCAAGGAUGAAAUGAACCUAAUGGUGACCAUCCCCAAGCCUGGACACAAAAGAACAGAUUCAACUCACAGCAGCAAUGAGUCUGAAUAUACUUUUAGCUCUGAGAUCACAGAAGCAGAAGACUUACCAUUGAGAAUGGAGGAACCUACUGAGAAAAAGGCACCAUUGGAUAUGUCUCUGUUCCUCAAGCUGCAGAAACGGGUUACGGAGCUGGAGCAAGAAAAACAAUCCCUGCAGGAUGAACUGGACAGAAAAGAAGAACAAGCUCUCCGUGCUAAAGCUAAGGAAGAAAAAAGGCCUCCAAUAAGAGGUGCAGAGUUGGAGUAUGAGUCACUCAAGCGUCAAGAACUUGAGUCUGAGAAUAAAAAACUGAAGAAUGAGUUGAAUGAGCUGCAGAAAGCCCUCACAGAAACACGAUCUCCAGAGGUAACUGCUCCUGGUGCCCCUGCAUAUAGAGUCCUCCUGGAUCAGCUGACAUCAGUAAGUGAAGAGCUGGAGGUACGCAAGGAAGAAGUUCUCAUCCUGAGGUCUCAGCUUGUUAGCCAGAAAGAGGCUAUUCAACCCAAGGAGGAUAAGAACACCAUGACAGAUUCUACAAUCCUCUUGGAGGAUGUACAAAAGAUGAAAGACAAAGGAGAAAUAGCACAGGCAUAUAUUGGACUGAAGGAAACAAACAGGCUGCUGGAGUCUCAGCUUCAGUCACAGAAGAAGAGCCACGAGAAUGAGCUGGAAUCACUGCGAGGUGAGAUCCAGAGUCUGAAGGAAGAGAACAAUCGCCAGCAGCAGCUCCUGGCACAGAACCUGCAGCUCCCUCCAGAGGCCCGCAUUGAAGCCAGUCUCCAACAUGAGAUCACCCGCCUGACCAAUGAGAACUUGGAUUUAAUGGAGCAGCUGGAAAAGCAAGACAAAACUAUUCGCAAGUUGAAGAAACAGUUGAAAGUAUUUGCUAAGAAGAUCGGUGAACUUGAAGUGGGCCAGAUGGAGAACAUAUCACCUGGACAAAUCAUUGAUGAACCUAUUCGUCCAGUUAACAUUCCACGGAAAGAAAAGGACUUCCAAGGCAUGUUAGAAUAUAAGAAGGAGGAUGAACAAAAACUUGUCAAGAAUCUUAUUUUAGAGCUGAAGCCACGUGGGGUAGCUGUCAACCUGAUUCCAGGACUACCAGCAUACAUUUUGUUCAUGUGUGUUCGCCACGCCGACUACCUGAACGACGACCAGAAAGUGCGGUCGUUGUUGACUUCCACUAUCAAUGGCAUCAAAAAAGUGUUGAAGAAAAGAGGUGAUGACUUUGAAACGGUGUCCUUCUGGCUGUCAAACACCUGCCGAUUUUUGCACUGCUUGAAGCAAUAUAGUGGAGAAGAGGUGUUUAUGAAGCAUAAUACACCUCGUCAGAAUGAACACUGCCUCACUAAUUUUGAUUUAGCUGAAUACAGACAAGUACUGAGUGACUUGGCUAUUCAGAUCUACCAACAACUUGUCCGAGUCUUGGAAAAUGUUCUGCAACCAAUGAUUGUUUCAGGAAUGCUGGAGCAUGAGACUAUCCAAGGUGUCUCGGGGGUGAAACCGACAGGGCUGCGGAAGAGAACAUCCAGCAUUGCUGAUGAGGGCACCUACACGUUGGACUCCAUUAUUCGGCAGCUGAACUCCUUCCAUUCAGUGAUGUGUCAGCAUGGAAUGGAUCCAGAGCUGAUCAAACAGGUUGUCAAGCAGAUGUUCUACGUCAUUGGGGCCGUAACACUUAAUAAUCUUCUCCUGCGCAAGGACAUGUGCUCGUGGAGCAAGGGAAUGCAGAUAAGAUACAAUGUGAGUCAACUGGAGGAAUGGCUACGUGAUAAAAAUUUGAUGAAUAGUGGGGCUAAAGAAACACUGGAACCCCUUAUCCAGGCUGCACAGUUGUUGCAAGUAAAAAAGAAAACAGAUGAAGAUGCAGAAGCCAUUUGUUCAAUGUGCAAUGCACUGACUACUGCCCAGAUUGUAAAAGUUCUGAAUUUGUAUACUCCAAUUAAUGAGUUUGAAGAGAGAGUCUUGGUAUCAUUUAUACGUACAAUACAGAUGCGUCUGCGAGACCGGAAGGACUCUCCUCAGUUGCUCAUGGAUGCUAAACACACUUUUCCUGUUACUUUUCCAUUUAAUCCCUCCUCCCUGGCAUUAGAAACCAUUCAGAUCCCAGCCAGCUUGGGCCUGGGCUUCAUAUCACGUGUCUGAUCCCAAGAACGUACCAUCAGUGUUAUAUGGAGAAUCAGUUGCCUGACACCUUUACCUGUUAACGCGUAGUGAGCCCCUGAAAAUACAUGUUCUGAACAACCAGUCUGUAUGUGCCCAGAUCUGUAGUAAAAGUAGCUGGAAAACUACCCAACAGCACCACAGAUUGAAGGCUGAUAGAAAGACGUGCGUUUGUGUUCGGUCGUUGCGUUUCUGAAGACAUCACUGAUUCAUACAUUUCCAGAAUAUGGAAAUUGGGCUUGGACAGAUACUGUGUCUUCAGCUCUCUAGAGACAUUUUUAGAUCUUUAGUAAACGUAUUUAAAUAGUGUAAAUGAAACUCCAUAUGUAAUCUUCUCAUAGGCAGGGACCAACAGGGACAGUCACAGUCCUGAACAUGGAAGACUUGAAAGUAGAGUGUUUUGCAGUAGAACACAGGGUCACUUGGGAGCCUGUUACAUUGAAUUUGUAAAAACUGGAAUGGAGAAACACAAAUUGGCAAUAUAUGAAAAGAUUUCUUAAACCACUUCCUUAUUUAUGUCAGUUUGGCAUAAAUUGUAGUGAUAACUCUUACAGCGCACUCUAUGCUAUAACUUAGGUGAUCAUUUGUUAGUACUGUGGUUUACCAAGCAUACUAACUUGCUGCUGCCUAUUGUGUUCUUUUAAAUGUAUCAUAGUAUCAUACUAGGCACUAAAAAUAAAAUAUUUUGGUUUUUUGUUGUCAACCUUAUUUACAGUCCAAUGCACUCUGUCAUUUUAGCUGGGUUUUUGCAAGUGGUAUCUAACACCUGUAGAGGAAAAUGGUAACUAAGCACAAGUAGCACACUGGAAAUUA